UGAUGUUUGAUGGUUUCCAUGAAACACUUCCUUGGAGAAUCAAAAAAGAUUGAUCCAUGCACAUCCCAAUGCCAAUAAAUGAACCAAAACUCAGACCACGUUCAUCUGUUUCUUCUUUCCUUCAUAUCCAAUUCACCUUUUCCCCCAAGAUUUCUCUUCUUCCUUCACUCCAUUUAUACUCUUUCAUUCCUUUUGCCACUUCUUCACAACUCUCUCUCUCUUCUUUCACCCACAAAAGGGUUUUUUCUUUUCUUUCCUCCAUCACAUUCUACACCAAAAGUCUCAACAUUUUCUCUUGAUUUUAUAUAAAUAGCAAAAAAAAAACACAUUGAUUGUAGUAAUGGCCGAGUUAAAGAGUAAGUUAAAUAAACGUCACGCCUUCACAAGCAAAUGUGCAUCCUUGGUGAAGGAGCAACGAGCUCGUCUCUAUAUUCUUCGUCGUUGCGCUACCAUGCUUUGCUGCUGGUACAUACAUGGCGAUGAGUAAUGAGAUGACUCUCAUCCUUCAAUAUAUAAUACACAUAUAUUAAUAGAUAUCUCAAUGACCCUAUUCGCUAGUUCUUGAAGCUCUCCUUUGGCUUCUUUGCCAUUUCAACAAAAAAAACUUCAGUUCUCUUUCUGAUUUGUUAUGACGCAAACUCUUUUACAUUCCAUCUCAUUUUUUAACCUAUAAAGGAUCAAUCUUUUGUCCUUUAGGUUUUAUUUUUUGGUUUGCAUCAGACAAGAGAGAGAGAGCAGCAAGAGAUGUUUAUCUGCCAAUCAAGCCAGAGUGUUACUGUGUCUGAAACAGAGAAGCUAGAGAUGCUGAUUCU